AUGGAUCUGCUACGAUCGGAGCCGAUGCAGUUGGUACAAUUGAUUAUUCCGUUUGAAUCAGCGCAUCGAACAAUUUCCUAUCUCGGCGAUCUCGGCCUUUUUCAAUUCAAUGACCUAAAUGCAGAAAAGAGCCCAUUCCAGAGAACAUACGCUGCACAGAUCAAAAGAUGUGGGGAGAUGGCCCGCAAGCUACGUUUUUUUCGCGAUCAAAUGAUAAAGGAAGGUUUAUCGCCCUCAUCAAGGUCUUCAGUGGGCCCCUAUGUCAAUUUGGACGAAUUGGAGGUGAAACUUGGAGAACUUGAAGUAGAGCUGGUUGAGAUGAAUGCAAACAAUGAAAAGCUGCAACGAUCAUAUAAUGAACUUUUAGAAUAUAAGCUUGUUCUACAGAAAGCCAGUCAGUUUUUCCAUUCAGCUCAAAGCAGUGCUGCAGCUCAGCACAAAGAAUCUGAAGCACAUAUCCUUGGCGAGGGAUCUGUUGAUAGUCCCCUCUUACUUGAGCAAGAAAUGUCAACAGAACCCUUAAAUCAAGUGAAUCUGGGAUUUGUUAGUGGACUUGUUGGUAGAGAAAAAUCUGUGGCUUUUGAAAGAAUUCUGUUUAGAGCAACCAGGGGAAAUGUGUUUCUUAGACAAGUGGUAAUGGAAGAUCCAGUGAUUGAUCCGGUGUCAGGAGAUAAGGUUGAAAAAAAUGUUUUCGUUGUGUUCUAUUCUGGAGAGAGAGCAAAGAGCAAAAUAUUGAAAAUAUGUGAUGCAUUUGGAGCAAAUCGAUAUCCAUUUACAGAUGAUCUGGGCAAACAAUACCUGAUGAUAACAGAGGUUUUAGGGAAGCUUUCAGAAUUGAAGGCCACUAUUGAUGUUGGACAACUGCACCGGGCCAAUCUGUUGCAGACCAUUGGUUAUGAAUUUGAGCAAUGGAACCUACUGGUGAAGAAGGAAAAAUCUAUUUACCACACUUUAAAUAUGCUCAGUCUUGAUGUGACCACAAAGUGCCUAGUGGGAGAAGGCUGGUGUCCUGUCUUUGCGAGAGACCAAAUUCAAAAUGUACUACAACGAGCAACUAUGGAUAGCAGUUCACAAGUUGGAGCUAUAUUCCAAGUUUUGCAGACCAAGGAAUCACCUCCAACUUACUUUCGUACCAACAAAUUCACUUCUGCUAUCCAAGAAAUUGUUGAUGCUUAUGGGGUGGCCAAGUACCAGGAAGUGAAUCCUGGUGUUUUCACCAUUAUUACCUUCCCAUUCCUAUUUGCUGUUAUGUUUGGAGAUUGGGGCCAUGGCAUAUGCUUGUUUCUUGCAACACUGUAUUUCAUAUUCCGGGAGAAGAAACUAUCCAGACAGAAGCUUGGGGAUAUUAUGGAGAUGACAUUUGGUGGUCGUUAUGUUAUUAUGAUGAUGGCACUGUUCUCAAUAUACACUGGACUUAUAUACAACGAAUUCUUUUCUGUGCCAUUUGAACUAUUUGGACGCUCCGCUUAUGGUUGCAGAGAUUCAACCUGCAGGGAUGCUUCUACAGUGGGAUUAAUUAAGGUUCGUGACACCUAUCCAUUUGGUGUUGAUCCCAAGUGGCAUGGUUCUCGCAGUGAAUUGCCAUUCCUCAACUCUUUGAAGAUGAAAAUGUCAAUUCUCUUGGGCGUCGCCCAGAUGAAUCUUGGGAUCGUCCUGAGUCAUUAUAAUGCAAAGUUUUUUGGAAAUGACUUGAAUAUAUGGUAUCAAUUUGUACCCCAGAUGAUAUUUUUGAACAGCUUGUUUGGCUACCUUUCACUUCUCAUAAUUGUUAAGUGGUGCACCGGUUCUCAAGCUGAUCUGUACCAUGUAAUGAUAUACAUGUUCCUGAGCCCAACUGAUGAUUUAGGAGAGAACCAGCUUUUUUUUGGCCAGAGGUUCCUCCAGAUUGUGUUACUAUUACUGGCACUAGUUGCUGUACCAUGGAUGCUGUUUCCAAAGCCAUUUCUUUUGAAGAAGCAACACGAGGAAAGACAUCGAGGUCAAUCCUAUGCACCACUUCAGUACACAGAUGGUAACUCUUUUGAAUUAGAGAUUGACCAUGGUUCACAUGGACACGAGGAAUUUGAGUUCAGCGAAGUUUUUGUGCAUCAACUUAUACAUACCAUAGAGUUUGUUCUUGGAGCGGUUUCUAAUACAGCUUCAUAUCUACGGUUGUGGGCCCUCAGCCUCGCACAUUCGGAAUUAUCUAGUGUAUUUUAUGAGAAGGUUUUACUUCUUGCAUGGGGGUUCAACAACGUCAUUAUCCUCAUCAUCGGCAUAGUUGUAUUUAUAUUUGCAACUGUUGGCGUGCUUCUCGUGAUGGAAACACUGAGUGCUUUCCUGCACGCCUUGCGGCUUCAUUGGGUCGAGUUUCAGAACAAGUUUUACCAGGGAGAUGGUUACAAAUUUUCUCCAUUCUCGUUUGCGUUGAUUAGUGAGGAUGAACAGUAG